AUGAAUUACUCAACAUCAUCAGGAGGACCAGGAGGACAAUAUAGAAACCUAAAUAACGUUCCUAUUCAACAAUAUCAUCCACAACAGCAACAUCAACAAUCACAGCAAAAUUUCCAACAUAUAAUGCAACAGCAUCAUCAUCAUCAUCAACAACUUCAACAAAAUCAAGGUCAACUACCCAUGCGAUCAACUAUGCCUCACCAUCAAUUAUCAAGAGGAACAUCGGGAACUUCAGGAAUUAUGGGUGGAGUAGGUGGUGGACCAAUGCCUACAUCAUCUAAUACCUCAAGAACAAAUAGUAUUCCGCAACCGGCAUUAAUGGCACUGAAUUCAAUACUUACUUUAGGACCUUUUAAACAUAGAAAAGAUCUAACUAGAGAAUCUGUGUUGUCUACUUAUCAAAUUAUGGGAUAUAUUGCAGCGGGAACUUAUGGGAAAGUUUAUAAAGCAAAAUUGAAAAAUGAUAAACCUAAUGGGAAUAUAAGUAAUAAUAUCACAGAAGAUAAUGGAAAUGAUAUGUUGGAUGAAUCAAUAGUUAGUCCACAAAUAAACCUAGGAAAUGGUAACAGUAAUUUUAAUAAUAAUAAUAAUAAUAGUAAUAACAACCACAACCACAACAACAACAAUGGAGCACUUCCGCAAUUUUAUGCAAUUAAAAAAUUCAAAAGUGAUAAUCAUCAUCAUCAUGGGAAUAAUAAUGGAAGAGCCGGAGGUAAUAACAGUAAUAAUAACACAGUGAAUAAUUUGAAUAAAAAUCAAAAUCAAAAUAAUCAAAAUAGUAUUCAUCAGGAUGAAGUUUUACAUUAUACGGGUAUUUCACAAUCUGCAAUUAGAGAAAUGUCACUUUGUCGAGAGUUGAAUAAUAAAAACAUCACUAAAUUAGUAGAUAUUAUCUUGGAGAAUAAAUCAAUUUAUAUGAUUUUUGAAUUUUGUGAACAUGAUUUAUUACAAAUUAUUCAUUAUCAAUCACAUCCAGAAUUUAAGCCUAUUCCUAAUUCAACUGUUAAAUCAUUAAUUUGGCAAAUUUUAAAUGGGGUCACUUUUCUUCAUAAAAAUUGGAUUUUUCAUCGUGAUUUGAAACCAGCAAAUAUCAUGGUUACAUCUCAAGGUGUGGUUAAGAUUGGUGAUUUGGGAUUGGCAAGAAAAUUUAAAGAUCCCUUACAAAGUUUAUAUACUGGUGAUAAAGUUGUGGUUACUAUAUGGUAUAGAGCUCCUGAGCUAUUAUUGGGCACACGGCACUACACCCCAGCAUUAGAUCUAUGGGCAAUUGGUUGUAUCCUUGGUGAGAUUUUAAGUUUAAGACCAAUGUUUAAAGGUGAAGAAUGUAAGAUUGACUUGAAUAAUAAGAAAUCCGUUCCAUUCCAAAAGAAUCAACUUCAGAAAAUUAUUGAAAUAUUAGGUACACCUACUACUGAUAUCUGGCCAAGUUUAAACAAAUACCCAGAAUAUUUAUCAUUCACACAGAAUUUCAAUCAGAAUUAUAUGAAUAACUUAUCCAAUUGGUUUAAAAUGAUUAAUAGUGGAAAUAAUAAUACCAAUAAUGGUAGUUCCACAGGAAAUAAUAAUAGUACGGCCAAUUGUUUGGAUUUAUUAGCAGGACUUUUGAAAUAUGAUCCAGAACAAAGACUUACGGCAGACCAAGCAUUAUUACAUCCAUAUUUCUUAGAAUUACCAAAAGUUACAGAGAAUGCGUUCGAAGGGCUAACUUAUAAGUUCCCAAAUAGAAAAAUUUACACUGAUGAUAAUGAUAUAGUAACUGGCGGUUGUGGUGGAGGAAAUGCCAAUAAUCAUCAUCAACAACAACAACAACAACAGCAACAAGGACAGCAGCAACAAGGACAACAACUGCAAAGUGGAGGACCUAUUCAAAUACAACAGGUACAACAAUUGCAACAGCAGAUACAAUCACAACAAUUACAAGGGUAUAAACGUAGUGGAAUGGAUGAUUUAUCGGGAGGUAUCAGAAAGAAGCGUGGAUGA